UGCGCGAUGCUGUCUCACGCCGACCUCCUGGACGCUAGGCUAGGUAUGAAAGAUGCCGCCGAGCUUCUGGGCCACCGGGAGGCGGUGAAGUGUAGGCUGGGCGUGGGGGGCUCCGACCCCGGGGGUCACCCCGGAGACCUGGCGCCCAACUCCGACCCGGUCGAGGGAACCACGCUGCUGCCAGGGGAGGACAUCACCACCGUGGGCUCUACCCAGGCCUCGCUGGCGGUGAGCGCCAAGGACCCCGACAAGCAGCCGGGGCCGCAGGGCGGCCCGAACCCUAGCCAAGCGGGCCAGCAGCAAGGCCAACAGAAGCAGAAGCGCCACCGGACGCGCUUCACCCCAGCCCAGCUCAACGAGCUGGAGAGGAGCUUCGCGAAGACUCACUACCCCGACAUCUUUAUGCGCGAGGAGCUGGCGCUGCGCAUCGGCCUCACCGAGUCCCGAGUGCAGGUGUGGUUCCAGAACCGGCGAGCCAAGUGGAAGAAGCGCAAGAAGACGACCAACGUGUUCCGCGCGCCGGGCACGCUGCUGCCCACGCCAGGCCUUCCGCAGUUCCCGUCCGCCGCGGCCGCCGCUGCGGCCGCCAUGGGCGACAGCCUGUGCUCUUUCCACGCCAACGACACACGCUGGGCGGCGGCCGCCACGCCGGGCGUGCCCCAGCUGCCGCUGCCACCCGCGCUGGGCCGGCAGCAGGCCAUGGCGCAGUCGCUGUCCCAGUGCAGCCUGGCGGCCGGGCCGCCGCCCAACUCCAUGGGCCUGUCCAACAGCCUGGCGGGCUCCAACGGCGCCGGGCUGCAGUCGCACCUCUACCAGCCCGCCUUCCCCGGCAUGGUGCCCGCCUCCCUCCCCGGUCCCAGCAAUGUCUCCGGCUCGCCCCAGCUUUGCAGCUCCCCGGACAGCAGCGACGUGUGGCGGGGCACGAGCAUCGCCUCCCUCCGCCGCAAGGCGCUCGAGCACACAGUCUCCAUGAGCUUCACUUAA